AUGGCUCGCGUGGCACUGCUCGCCGUGUUCAGCGUGCUCGCCGCACUGGCGGUGGCGGAAAUGGCGUCUGGGGCGGUGACCUGCAGCGACGUGACGUCCGCCAUCGCGCCGUGCAUGUCCUACGCGACGGGGCAAGCAUCGUCACCCUCGGCGGGGUGCUGCAGCGGGGUGAGGACCCUGAACGGUAAGGCGUCCACCUCGGCAGACCGGCAGGCGGCGUGCCGCUGCCUCAAGAACCUGGCGGGGUCGUUCAAUGGCAUCAGCAUGGGUAACGCCGCCAACAUCCCCGGCAAGUGCGGCGUCUCCGUCUCUUUCCCCAUCAACAACAACGUCAACUGCAACAAGUACAUCCUCCACUCCUAA